AUGGUACGCCUCCGAGGGCCAGACUGGGUUGAUGAACUCCCCUGGGUGCUGCUUGGCAUCCGCACAGCACCCAAGGAGGACCUGGUCGCAUCAUCGGCUGAACUUGUUUACGGUUCCCCGCCACAGUUCCCGGACCUACAACAGAGCAGGUAUGUUUUCAUUCGCCGAGGCGUGCACAGACCACCCCUGCAGCGACCAUACGAAGGGCCCUACAAGGUGGUGCGCCAUAAUGGGACGACCUGCGUUCUCAACAUCGGCGGUCGUGAAGAGACUUUUACCAUUGACUGUCUCAAACCGGUGCAUCUAGACCUUGAACGUCUGGUUGCGGUGUCACCCCCACAACGACGAGGCCAGUCACCUAAAAGAACUGACAGUGUGCAGGCUGUGGGCUCUGCCCCUCCUAGCGCCAGUUCGCCUUCCUUGCCCCAGGCCGCUCGGCCCCUCGACCCGGCCCCGCUCCCUCCCCCUGCCGGUGGUUACUCACUGCGCAUGUGCCCCUUCUUUGGCGCGAUGGCGGUUGUGCGAGAGGCGAAGGUUCGGGGCGGCGGCUCUGGCGUCUCGAAACCUGUGGGCAAAGAAGAGUUUGUUAAAGUUCGAAAGAGAGACCUGGAGAGACUAACGACUGAGACGAUGCAAAUCAAGGACUUCCUGCCCAAGAUACUGAAUGGAGAAUUCCUAGAAUGCUUCCAUCAGCUGGAAAUUGCUGAAAAAACAUUGGAGAAAACAGAACAAGAGAAUGAACAGCUCCAACUAGAUUGUGAUCAUUUUAAGGCGAGGCUGAAAACUGCUCAGGAAGACUGUCAAAAGGAACGAGAGGAAAAGUUGGCAUCGAAUUUGCUGUUGAAUGAAGCAAGGCAACAACUACUGCAGCAAGCGGAAUACUGCACUGAAAUGGGGGCUGCAGUCUGCACACUGCUCUGGAGAGUCUCCAGCAAUGAGGAGUCUGUUAAAUUUAUCCUUGGAGGCAAUAAAGCAGAAAAGUUUUUCACUAUUGUGGCACAGACAUUAGAGAGUUUCGUGAAGUCUACAGAUGAGAAUUUCAAGGAAGAGUAUGAUCUGGAUACAGAUGAAAACCGGUUUGUUCUGGCGUUGGCAGGAAUUGUAACAAAUAUAGCUGCUGUGGCCUAUGGCCGGGAGUUCCUGGUUAAUUCUUCUCAGAUCCUAUUGGAGAAACUGCUACAGCUCCUGGCUGAGAUGAAAGCUGGUCUCUGCACAAAGCUCAAAGUACUAAUGUUGAUGUGUUUAUACAAUGUGAGUAUUAACCUGAAAGGCCUGCAGUACAUCAGCAAGAAUCCAGGCUUCAUCCCUUUGUUGGCCUGUCUUCUGGAAGAUCCAGAUGCAGAGGUCUGCCUUCACGUUCUGCGCCUCAUUCAAUCUCUGAUCCUUGAGCCAGAAAUUUUCUCCGAAGUGAAAGCCCAGAUUCAUCAAUCACUACCGCAGCACCGCAUUCGAGAACUUACCAAUAACCGUAACCCCAAUCUCCGCAGCAUAGCAAGUGAACUUCUUGAAGACAUGAAGAUGCUUAACUUUUAA